GUUUUGAAAAUAUUAUAUUUUGUCCUUAAUUAUUAUUACCAAAAUUUUAGUGACGUUUACUAUAGCAUAUAUAUGUCUUCCAUCCUUCUUAUUUGAUAUUGUCCUAACAUUUUCAAAGCUCUAUUUGAAAAUAUUGUGUUUGUUAAUAUCAUCAUGAAGCCAGGAAGAAUUAUCUUACUCUUGGUGGCUUUGUUUGCUCUCUUCAGUCUCACCUAUGGAUCAGGUCAAGAAGAACCUAAUAUCAAGUUUUGCCCUAGACUUCUUAAAGGAUUGAGUGGUGAUUGUCUGCAUGCUCAACGUGACUGCAAUGAUGAAUUCAAUGCAAGAUAUAAAGGUGCACAAGCUCGUCGUUGUAGAUGUGACACUACUGCUAAUACUCACACAUGCUCAUGUUGUAUAGUUUGUGGAUUAAAUGAGCAUGAGAAUGACUUUCCUUUUGUAAGCAAAGAUGAUUUUAUCCCCGAAUGCUAAAAAAAUUAAGGAGUUAAAUUAAUAAUAACCUCAUAUCUUAAUUUAUGAGGUUUUAUA